CAGUGGGCCCAGUGCAGGGAGUGUGGGCAGGCAGGCUGGGCUGACAGUGGGCAGCCCUCCGUGACGGGCUUGGCAGUCAAGGUUUUAUACCACUAGCCCCAGAGAGUGACCGGAGGGUGUUUUAGGGAGAUGACUAUGUGUAUCGGGCAUUUUUCCAAAGUACAGAAAUGACAUUUCUGGUUGGUCCUGAAUGUCCGCCUUGGCCCAGCUGCCUCACAUCGUGCACGGGGCAGUGAACCAUUCAACCAAUGACACACGUGCCCACGCAAGCCCUUCUCAAAGAGCAAGGACUCCGGCGGGCGCCUGAGCGAGCCCGGCAGCCGGCCACCGGGGCCAUGGCCAGCACCGCCGUGCAGCUGCUGGGCUUCCUGCUCAGCUUCCUGGGCCUGGUGGGCACGCUGAUCACCACCAUCCUGCCGCACUGGCGCCGCACGGCGCACGUGGGCACCAACAUCCUGACGGCCGUGUCCUACCUGAAGGGGCUGUGGAUGGAGUGCGUGUGGCACAGCACGGGCAUCUACCAGUGCCAGAUCUACCGCUCGCUGCUGGCGCUGCCCCGCGACCUGCAGGCGGCGCGCGCGCUCAUGGUCAUCUCCUGCCUGCUCUCGGGCGUGGCCUGCGCCUGCGCCGUGGUGGGCAUGAAGUGCACGCGCUGCGCCAAGGGCACGCCCGCCAAGACCACGUUCGCUGCGCUGGGCGGCGCGCUCUUCAUCCUGGCCGGCCUGCUCUGCCUGGUGGCGGUGUCCUGGACCACCAACGACGUGGUGCAGAACUUCUACAACCCGCUGCUGCCCAGCGGCAUGAAGUUCGAGAUCGGGCAGGCCCUGUACCUCGGCUUCAUCUCCUCGUCCCUGUCGCUCAUCGGCGGCACGCUGCUCUGCCUGUCCUGCCAGGACGAGGGGCCCUCCAGGCCCUACCAGGCGCAGCCCAGGGCCGCGACGGCCACCGCGCCCGCCUACCGGCCCCCCGCCGCCUUCAAGGACAACCGGGCCCCCUCGGCCACCUCGGCCUCGCUCAGCGGGUACAGACUGAACGACUAUGUGUGAGUCCCCGGGGCCCGUCCCUCCCCGAGUCCACAGCGGCACCAGGACCCAGACUGGCUCCGAUGCAGGGUCCCGGCACAGAGUUUACUUCCGGGCUACUUUUUUGUCCAGAGGAAUUAAUAUGAGUAUGAGGGAGUGGGCUGAGAACACAGGGAAGGAAGGGAGAAUAGGAGAGGGGAGAAAAGCUCUGUAAUACCAAAGACUUAAAAAAAAAAAAUCCUUUCUGUUUUUGUAUUUAUUAUAUGUAUUUAUGUGGGUGAUUUAAUAACAGCUGAAUGAAAAGCGACUUGGGAGUUGGGUCAGUGGGGUUUGUUCGCGAUACAGGAAUAAACCUCUUGGAUGUGGUUGUUAAUGAAAUGGACAGUAUUUGUUUCUGUUUCCAGUCUGUUCUGUCUGCUAAGGUCUUGUUACCACAACCUACUGUCAGGACUCCAUAUCGCCAAGCAACGGGGACCCUCAGAGGGUGGCCACAACCCACAUACGAUGGGAAAAUCAGAGGAGGGCCGGGCUGAUAUUCAUGGAAAUGAUGCUUGAGGGAUAUUCACCAAGAACAGUCACUCCAGCUUAAGCCCAGAGGCAGGGCAGGAAGUACGGGGUCCCUGGGGGAAAAGAUGAUUGCUUUAAAUCACAAAGUAAAGAUAACGGUCGUUUUCUCCUGGUAGCCUCCACUAGUAAGGAAGCAAAAGUCAGAAGAAAAAAGACAGAGCAAAAGGCGCCUGGCCGCUUGGCUCCCGAGGCAUUGGCAAGAAGCCCAGUUAGGAGCACGGCUCAAGCCCGACUGCCCCGCAGAUCACCGCUGGCUUUUCUGGGGACAGAAGCAUGAUGCCAGCUGCCUUCAGAGCAGGUACCAGAGUCUGUUGACUUCUUUAGCUGGAAAGAACUGCUGACAGGGCCACAUGAGCUCUGACUGCUUUAAGAACAUUGAUGAUGUUUUCUGGUUGUGAUCUAAAUCACGUGGUCACACACACACACACUCACUCACUCACACUCAGACUCUUACAGCUGUCCCAUUAGCUGGUCCGGGGAGCUUGGUCCUGUUCCGUGUCCUUUCAUUCCACAGCCUUGCCCAUGAUGUGCCCUGAUGGUGCCCUGCUCUUGUCUCUGUCCCAAACCUCAAGUUCUGAACGUGUAAAGAAAAUACCCUGUUGGGGGAAGAGUGGAGACUGAGACCUACCCACAGAGUGGCACUUUCACGAAUUCCUCCAUUCUCAAGGGGUUUUGUAGAAGGGCCACCAGGGCUCCAGGGUUCUAGCAUUACUGCCUGCAGCGAAGAGAGCCACAACAGGUCAGCACAGACCCGGAGCCAACUGGCCAUGCUUGUUGCUGUGGCCUGGUGAAACCCUUGCCCCAGGACCAGGGGGGAUAGAAGGGGAGGCUCCAGGACAAGGGUCAAGAGGCCAGGCAGGCCGCAGCCUGGGGCCCCCGGAUCCAGUAAGGCCAGAGGUGGGUUUAUACUCUACGAACUUCAUGCUUCCUCCUGACAAGGUCCUCCGGGCCCUCAGACCAGGCCAUGGAGAUGGUGACGGGGAAUCCCAGCCGCCGUGGGCUUCUCCUGCCAUUGGUGUCUCCCCCAGACGGAAGCUCUCACCAGUAAUGUACAAGCACUGAGAGCCCAUCUGGUCCCUUUGGGCCUUACCAGUUAGAGCUACUGAACUGCACCACUGCUGACUCGUAACAGCAUGAAAAAUGAGGGACUGAUGGAGCAGCUCCGUACUGUUUUUUGCUGACCUUCAGACCCCAGGCAACAAGUGCCAUGUCUGUUCGGAAGGACGGGUGCGGUCCAUUUUAGCUUUUGUCCGACCGCAGAGAAGCUACGCGGGCUGGGAUCUGCCAUUCCUUGCAGACCAGGGAUUUACACCCGAAACGUCAUCAUUUCGUGCAGGUUGAAACCAGCAAUUUUAACCUACGGUUUAAAUUACACAAAUAAGUCAAUCUGAACCAAUAAAGAAGGCAAAGAAAGUCUAAAAAUAGCAUGAUGUUCUGUUAGUCCUACCUUGAUGGUCAUGGUCUAGAAUGUGCCUGGUGAAGUUAUUCUAGGUAAUAGACUUAGUACAAAUUAAAGAAAAAAAAAUAGGUUUCUUUUUUCAAACUCUUUCUCGAAUUCUGUCACAACUAAAUUAAAUAUGUCCGUAUCUCCUACUCAGGUGAAAGACCAAUAAUAAUAGUGAUUAGAGUGUAUUGAGCACUUACUAUAUGCCCAGUUCAUUCUUUUUGUUUACUAAUCUGGUCCAAUGAGAUAAACGCUAUUCUUAACCUCAUUUUACAAAGGAGGAAGUUAAAUCCGUUAAGCAUUGGACUUCCACUCAGGUCAGGAUCUCACAGUUCACGGGGUCAAGCCUGGUAUUGGGCUCUGUGCUAACAGUACAGAGCCUGCUAGGGAUUCUCUCUCUCUCUACCUCUGUCUCUCUGCCCUUCCUCCACUCACUCUCUCUCUCUCUCAAAAUCAAUAAACUUUAAAAAUAUUCUUUAAAAAAAAAGAAACGAAGGAGGAAAUGAAAAUAUAAAGAGAUAAGUUGCUUGCCCAGUAUUUGCCCAGGGUCACAGCACCAGUGAGUAAAAGACCCAGGAUUAAAAGACAGGUGAGCAGGGGACAAAUACGUUCACUCAAGUAGCAACGUGACCCAUAGUCUCAUUACUUUUGUGUCCAGAUUAUUUGCAAAUAAUUCAGCGAUUAUUUCAGGACCACAUACGGCUCUUUCCACAAUCAUCAUCCCACAGAGCUUCUGGCUCUGGCUGGGUUGACGAAAUGUGAUGUCAGACCCCAAGGUCCAAAUUUGAAUCCCCAUAGGAAGCAGGAAGUGACACACAAGACAGUGACACAUGGAUGGCUCUGUCCUAUAGCCUGGCCAGCCCAAACAGGAAGUAGAUCUGAACAAGACCUUGACUCCCUCCCUGAAGUAACGGGGUAUAGGGAUGAGUUCCCAGUUUCCUCCUUCACUCCCAACACAAGUGCCAGGCCCUGCUCCAGCCCCUCUUUUGCCACAUUACCACCAGGGCCGUCACAUAGAUGCAUGUUUUUGGUUUUGCCCAAAUCUUUGGGACUGGCUGGUCUUAACUAAGUCUGCUUUGACAACAGUGUGGUCUCCUUUUGGAGGUAUAACACACAACCCCAAAUUUCAGAAUAAAAAGGAAACUUGAGUCAGACAGUUGUUAUGGAUUUAAAUUACAGCAAGACCCUUAUGGGAUAAGAAAUGCUACAUUUCUUUGCUUCUCUAAAUCAAAUCAAACUUGGCUCUGAUCCAGAGAGGUCUAAAGCCAGCCAUGUUUUCUGGUUCCCUCCCCUGCAUUUAGGUCUCAGGGCCCCAGCACUAAGGGAGGCCCUGGAUUUGCAGGAGCCUUUAGCCCUUGGGGACACCUUGUUACCCACUGACGGCCAGCGUCGAUGCCUUUACAGCCCAGGGCCUCCCGAUGCUCCUCCCAGGCCACAGCCCGUGCAUCCCCAGUCAUCCACGUCGUGUCCCAGACCCUCCCGGGCCCUGUGUGAACAGACACUGGAAACCUCCACCCUGUGAACGCUUUGUCCCCGUCCCUGACUCUGGGAAGCCACUUCCUAAGAUGGAGCCACACCCCUCCUGUACUCAGAGCACCUGAGUGUCCCCUCUUGGAUGACACACCUUGAGUGCUUUCAUGAGUUCCCAGAGAAGCCUGCUUUCGUGUCAGCCACUGUCGCCCUAAAUGGAAACAAUUUAAGAACUAUGGCUCACUCACAACCUGUGUGGUAACCGUCCAUUACCUUAUAGCAAUAAACUGAAGACAGGGCCAGGAUUUUCACCCGUCAGUGUCCGACCCCAAAGUCCCAUGCUUGGCCACAGUGCUACCCUGCUUCUCCCUGCUUUGGUCCCUCCUUGCUUUCUCCCUGCCCAGCAAAGGGAACGGCAUGAAUGGCGACAAUCCAGGCAGGAGAUGUGGGUCUGGACCAGGUGGCAGGUUGGAAGGGGAAGAAAUCGGGAUGCACCGGAAGGCAGUGCCAGUGGGAUUUACUGGCGGGUUUGGUUGUGAGUGUGGAAAAAAAAAAAAAAAAAAAAAAGAA